GUAUCAGGUACUGCUACUGCACACCUUCUCUGAUCGCUUUCUCUCUCACCUUAUCCUCUUCUCCUUCCCGGAUCCGAUCGCUUCAUAACGUUACUCCGUCUGUUCUCUGAUGAUCGGCAUCCCUAAUCUUCUUUUUCAGGUGAACGGAGGAUCUGGUCGUUACUCUCGGAUAUGACUUCAGCACAAGAUCCAUUCUAUGCAGUGAAAGGGGAGAUUCAGGAGUCCAUUGAUACACUGCAAGUUACUUUUCAUCAAUGGAAACAGACACCUUCAUACACAGGAGAGCACACUAACCUGACAAGAGAGCUACUUACCAGCUGUGAGAACAUAAAAUGGCAGGUUGAUAAAUUGGAGAAGGCAAUUGCAGAUUCUUCCAGAGAUCCUGCUUGGUAUGGACUUGAUCAUGUUGAGCUUGAGAAAAGUCAGAGAUGGACUGCCACCGCUCAUAAUCAGGUGGACGCUGUGAAGAGAAUUGUAGAGGCUGGAAAGGAAAAGCUGAAUCUGCUUAGCUCAGAUGUAAAAGGCGUGCAUAAAGAGCUGAUGCAAAUUCCAGAUGGCAAUACUUCUCAUGCUGAAGGAUCAAACCAAUACAAAAAAGAUUAUUGUGAUUUUAUUACCUCAGAAUCAGAUCAACAAAUACUCCUCAUCAAGAGACAAGACGAGGAGCUUGAUGAGCUUAGUGCUAGUGUCCAGAGAAUUGGAGACAUGGGGCUUACCAUUCACGAUGAACUCAUUGGGCAGGAAAUGAUAUUCGAUGAACUAGGCAAGGAAAUGGAUAUCACUUCAAGCAGGCUUGACUUUGUGAAGAGAAAAGUUGCAAUGCUGAUGAAGAAGACCGGCGCUAAGUGCCAAACCAUGAUGAUAGCGUUCUUAAUUGUACUCUUUAUACUUCUUUUUGUUUUGGUAUUCUUCACGUAAAGGAAACAAAGAAAAUAAAUUAUUACCAUCUUGUGCUUUUUGUACUCACUUUGAUACUUGAACAAAUUUUGCGGCUUUAUCAA